CGCUAUGCGCGGUGGAAUGCAAUGUGUACGUGCGCGACAGUGGUGAGAAUCGUGGUGUUUUGAAAGGACACGUUUACCCACGUGGAACACGAUGCCAGUUUUCGGCGUGACUUGGCAAACUCGUUCGCGAGACGAAAAAUAAGCGAAUGGCCGAGGAAGGGAGAGAAGAGUCUGUGGGAAACGAGAAACGAGAAACAAAAGAGGACACUUGAACCGACGUUGUAUAGCGGAGACAGAAAGAGAGAUAGCGAGAAAGAAAAGAAGGGAAACGGAAAACGAUAGAGCAAGAUAGAAAUAGCGGGGGGGAAGAUAAAAUAAAGACACGAAGAGAGGACUGACUUGACUGUUGUUCGAUCGCGAAAACACGUGGGGAGCGACGCGGGAGUUCCACCCGUAGCGAUGAACGUUCUAUGGUCCGCUAAAUGGGAGGACUCGUCGCGGGAGAAUCCCUCGUAUCGUAUCUUGACGAUCGAUCGUUCCUCGGGAACGCGGCGAAGGUGCACGAGAAACGCUGGAAAACGGCAUCCUGUCACACGAAUAUGCGCGAACGGUAAACGAUGCUGCGCAUACGAGCGUGUAGAGUUUCAUACGGUGGCGGUAGGUGCGUGCUUCGUUUCUCUCGCAACUCGGGGGCCCUGUCGGUGACCGGAAAACAAACGACCGAGGUCGGGGCCGAAGUCCUCCAUGCAAAAUGCGCACGCUGGACACGCGUAACAACCGAUGCAACAAACAAAUGCUCUAUACAGUAUGGAGCUUCGUCCGUGUUGUGUGUCUGACGCGACGCUUUUACCCUCUUGCGCUUGCCUUUGGCGCGUGACGUAAUCCAUUCAAGCGCUUACUACGCAAUACGGGACGCGGGCAGCAGCAGCCGGUUCUCUCUCUCUCUCUCUCUAUCUCUCUCACUCGCUCGCUCACUCACUCGCUCGCUCGCUCUCACCAAACUAUAUCUCUUUCUUUGUCUCUAACCUAACCGUACGCUUCGUCCUCCCUUCUUUCUCCAACCCCCCUUCCACCCUGUCGAAAGCAUCCCUUCUUUUUCUUAUCAUUCGAUAAUGGCGACGGUGAAGAAAACGGUCUCACAGCGUGCGUCGCAAUUAAUGUUUCUGACUGGUUUCUCCAUUCGUUUCGCUCUUUUCUAAAAACUCCAUAUAUGCGUUUUCUUGUCUUUUGUUCGUGGCACGUGUCUCUCGUUUUCGUUGUGUUUUUCUUCGUCUCUCGAGUUUAACCAACGAUCGUGUGUGUAUAUAUAUAUAUGUGUGUGUGUGUGUGUGUAUAUAUAUAUAUAUUGCAUCGUACGGAAAAUUCAGUUAUAAUUCAAGAAUUUCGGAACAUGGAAUUUCGCACUCGUGACCACCCUUUCUCUAUCCCCUCCCUUCCACCAUUCCCCUACUGUGCUACGAGUUUUCCUAACGCUGCAAGUGAAUUACGUGUUCUCGCACGAUCGAACGUGUUGAGUCGCGUUUGUUGUGUCGCGUGUAGCAUAUACGCGCGUUGUCGAACGCGUCGCGCGUGAAUACCGCGUAGUUUACGGUGUCGGGUUUAAAAAAGCAAUCCGAGGUGCGCCAGUGACGAUAACAUGGUCGCCUUGUACGGUAUCUGAUAUAUACUUGUCCUAUGAUUCGUGAAGUUUUGUUCUCAGUGUCGUGAAUUCACGCUUCCGUUCUACGAUUUGAAUUAAUAUCUGAUUUCGGACUAUCGGCAUGCCGAGUAAUGCGGGACAUACGGCAGUGGUGCUCCGGUAGUGAUUGUGUUAUCGACGUGUCAUCAUCAUCAUCAUCAUCGUCAACAUCGAGGACGAUCGACACGGAUCCACUUCGCGGCCAGGAAUGCGUUUCCACUGGCGGAGCUAUGAGGGGCGGCAAAUUCUUCAUCUUCAACAAGAAACUGCUCUGAGCGUGUCUCUUCUUCGUCGUUCGCCGUCUGCUUAAGAUCCGAGGAAGAGGAAGAAGAAGGAACAGAAGAAAAAGAAGAAGAAGAAGAAAAAUAAACCUCCUCCCUCUCCCUCCCCAAGAAAAAGAAACGUAUCAAAAAGGAUAGUGGCGUUCCCUCUUUCCUAAAUUCGUUUAAUUCUUCGUCCGAUUGAGAAGGAAACGAAGGUCUGAACUAAGAUCUUCGAUAAUCCUCCGGUUGAGUAAGAAGAUCAAGGCAGGAAGAGGAGAAUCCGCCGAGAUCGUGACCGCGGUUUUCUUUCUUUUCUCCGCAUAAGAAAAAAUCGAGGCGAAUUUAUAUUUCUCGCUCGACGAUUUUCCAUUCUUUCUUUCUUUCCCGAAAUAAUCGUAUUUACGGAGGAGAGUUCGAAUAUACAUAUAUCACCUUUCUCUCUCUCUCUCUCUCUCUGAUCAAUCGAAUCGAAUCGAAUCGAAUGAUCGAUCCUCCUCGGUUGGUCGCGAUCGAGGAGGCGUCGGGGCAGGGGAGGGAAGGGUGUUGGUCGAGGAGGACGUAACGCGCGGCGCGUGGCGAUCGAUCGAUCGAUCGAUCGGGCGAAGGUGGAGGGGGAGGACGAAGGGAGAGGCGACAGGAGGAGGCGGAGGCGGAAGAGAAGGAGGAGGAGGAGGAGGAGGAGGAGGAAGGGCGAUUCGGGGAAGGUUUGACGAUCUCGCCCCGUUCCUCGGCCGCCGUGUCGCUGCUGGCCGUGGCGAGUGGAGGAUGGGGGGGACGAGGAGGUGGUGGCGGCGGUGGUCGCCGGUGAUGUUGUUGCCGCUGCUGUUGUGCGCCGCCGUGUCGCUGGCCGCUUGCCAAUUCGACGCGACUUGGAACACGGCCGCUCUCGACGACGAUUACGACGAGAUCAGGAGAGGAUACGUGGCCGAUUACCGUGGGAUCGAGGAGUCGGUGCUCGGCAGUGGCAACCGCCGGGAAGAAAGGGGCGCUCGGGAUCUCGAUCCACGGGAUCCGUUCUACGAGAGAAUCGGCGCCUACAGGCGCAACAGGGCGAUAGAUUCCAGGUCGACGGAAGCGAACACGAGAUUGGCGGAGGAAGGUGGCCAACAAUCGAGGCUGGCGAAAUCGAGCGCGAAGUCGAGCGACUUGGGCCGCGACAAGGGGCGGAGAUACAAAAAUGUGACGAUCGGCGACGGGAUAUGCCAGAGCAUCGACAUACGGAACACCGCGUCCGCGUUCGGAAUUAUGAAGGACUGCAGGGUGAUAGAGGGCUUCCUGCAGAUCGUCCUCAUCGAGAACAACUCGGAGAGGGAUUUCCAACCGAUCAGUUUCCCGCUGCUCAGAGAGAUCACCGGAUACCUUCUACUGUACCGCGUCAACGGAUUGAAAACAUUGAGCAAUCUGUUCCCCAAUCUCGAGGUGAUCAGGGGAAAUAUUUUGCUCACCGAUUACGCGUUCAUGGUGUACGAGAUGCAGAAUCUUCAAGAGAUCGGGCUGAAGAAACUUACCGAGAUCUCGAGGGGCAGCGUGCGGAUCGAGAAAAAUCCCGCGCUCUGCUACACCACAACCCUUAACUGGGACCUCAUCGUCUCCGCGGGGGAGAACGUGAUCAAGGACAACGGAGAGGAGGCCUCUUGCCCCGGAUGUUCCCACUGUCCUGCCGGUUAUUGUUGGACUUCCCAGUAUUGUCAGAGGAUGGAAAAACCGAAGUGUCACGAGCAGUGUCUGGGCGAGUGUCACGGCCCGACCGAGAGCAAGUGUUACGUUUGCAAGCAUUAUCGCCACGAGGGGAAAUGCGUGGAGACGUGCCCCGCCCAUCUAUAUUCGUAUCUCUCGAGGCGGUGCGUCACGAAAGACGAAUGCGUGAGGAUGAAUCGUCUGAGGAGAGUGUACUACGUUCUGGAGGAUGGCCUGGCCUGGAGACCGUUCAAUGGGUCGUGCGUGACUCAUUGCCCCGACGGAUACGAGGACGCCCUCGACGAGAACAACAUGACCACGUGCCGCGCCUGCAUGAACAGUUGCCGGAAGGUGGGGCACGGCGCUCUGAUCCGUCACAUAUCCGACGCGCAAAGUUUCCGCGGCAUAACGGUGGUGAAGGGGGCGCUCGAGUUCCAGAUACGAAACGGGAAUCCGAACAUAAUGAACGAGUUGAGCGAGGCGUUCGGCCGGAUCGAGGAGAUAACCGAGUACGUGAAGAUCACCCACUCGUUCCCCAUCACCUCGUUGAGCUUCUUCAAGAGGUUGAGGGUGAUCAAGGGGGAGCAGUUGGACAUAAACAACGCGAGCCUGUCCGUGCUCGACAAUCCGAAUCUGUCGAGCCUGUUCCCGCCCGAGCAGAGGAUCAGGAUCGAGAACGGCCGACUGUUCUUCCAUUACAACCCUAAACUGUGCCUGUCCAAGAUCGUGGAAUUCGGCAGAAUGGUGAACAUAUCCAACUUCACCGAGCUCGAGGUGCAAUCCCAGUCGAACGGGGAGAAGGUGGCCUGCGACAUAGUGAACAUAAACAUAACGGUGAGGAAUCUGGGCCCGGAUUACGCGGAUCUGGUGUGGGACAGUUACAAGGCGCCCGAGGGGCAACAGUUGCUCAGCUAUCUGUUGAACUACAUCGAGACGGAGAGCGAGAACAUCACUUACGAGAUGAACGCGUGCGGAGGGAACAACACGUGGCAGAUACUCGACGUGGGGAUACCCAAGUGGACGUCCCCCGUUUCCAAGCACAUAGGCAAUUUGAAACCGUACACCAAGUACGCGGUUUACGUGAAGACGUUCAACUCGAGGACGACGAAUCUGUUCGUGAACCCGAACGAGGUAGGCCAGUCGAAGAUCAUCUUCUUCAGGACAAAGAGCACCAUACCCUCGCCCCCCGUCAACGUGUUCUCGUCCCCGUUGAGCGACACCGAGAUCAUGGUCAAGUGGGAAUCCCCCCUGUUCCCGAACGGGCCCAUAGGCUACUACAUGCUCUCCGUGACGAUGAUCAGGGAGGACGAGGGUUUGAUCUCGUCCAGGGAUUAUUGCAACGACACGUUGGACAACGAUCUCGACGGGGACGAGGGGGGGACGAUGCUCGACGUGACGGUCAAGACGCCCGUCGUCAGCAGGGGAGGAGGAGGAGGCGGCGGUGGAGGCGGAGGCGGAGGCGGUGGUGGCGCUUCCUCCUCCUCCUCGUGCUGCUCCAAGAAUCCAGGGCGGAGCGUGGUCACGUCGAAGAAAUUCGAGAUAUUCUGCCACGAGAACACGACCAUCAGCUACGUAUCCCCCGGGUGGAAGGAUUACUGCGUGUACAACAACUACAACGCGGUGGACAACCGGUUCUACGAGUUGGCCAACAACCUGUCCACCCCCAGGCCCGAGGACGAUAACUCGAUGGACGGAUCGGGCAACAACGUGGUCGUGGUGGACAAGGACGCGGUGACGUACAACGUGAGCGGGCCCAACAACUCGUUCGUGAUCAACGAUCUGCGCCAUUACUCCCGCUACAUAGUGACCGUAGCCGCGUGCGGGUCCAAGGUGGACGAGUCGAACAUGUGCUCGUCGAUCCAGUACACGCACGCGAGGACGAGGAAGCGGGGCCGCGCCGACGACGUGACCAACGUCAGGGUCAGGGUCACCAACAACACCAUAGUCGAGGUGUUCUGGGACCCGGUCAAGGACCCCAACGCCCUCACCGUCUCCUACACCAUCGAGUACACGAACCUGGACGUGAAGGACGCGAAGAAGAGCGCCGAGUGCAUCCCCCGCUCCUUGGCCCAGCCCCGAACGGACGGGGGGAGCAGCAGCUACCUGAUCAGGAAUCUCAGCCCCGGCAAGUACAGCCUUCGGAUGAGGUCGACCUCGUUGGCCGGGGACGGCCGUUUCUCCGACGUGGUGCACUUCUCCAUAGAUCUCGCCGACUCCGCCCCCGUCACCCUGGUCGCGUUGCUCGUGCUCUGCGUCCUCGCCAUGAUGUCCGUCGUGCUGUUCGUCGUGUGGCGGCACCAUCGCAAGAGGAAGAACCAGGAGAGGCUGAUCGCGAGCGUGAACCCCGAUUACAUAGAGACCAAGUACGUGAUCGACGAGUGGGAGGUGCCCAGGGAGAGCGUGGAGAUCUCGAACGAGCUCGGCCUCGGCAAUUUCGGGAUGGUGUACAGGGGUGUCUACGACAAGACCAUACCGGUCGCCAUCAAGACGAUCUCGAAGACGGCCAGCCAGAGGGAGAAGAACGAGUUUCUGAACGAGGCCUCGGUGAUGAAGAACUUCUCCACCUUCCACAUAAUCAAGCUGAUCGGGGUGGUCUCGAUCGAGAAUCCGCCGUUCGUGAUCAUGGAGUUGAUGGAGAACGGGGAUCUGAAGACUUACCUCAGACGGAUCCGCGACACCCGCCUCGUGCCGGACACGUGCAGGAUCAUGAGGAUGGCCGCCGAGAUAGCCGACGGGAUGGCCUACUUGGAGUCGAAGAAGUACGUUCAUCGGGACCUGGCCGCGAGGAAUUGCAUGGUUUCCAAGGAUCUGGUGUGCAAGAUCGGGGACUUCGGCAUGGCGAGGGACGUUUACGAGACGGAUUACUACAAGAUAGGGAGGAAGGGGUUGCUGCCGAUCAGGUGGAUGGCGCCCGAGAAUCUGUCGGACGGCGUGUUCACGUCCGACUCGGACGUGUGGUCGUUCGGCGUCGUCCUCUACGAGAUCCUCACCCUCGCCGAGAUCCCGUACCAGGGUUUCUCGAACGAGGAGGUGCUCAGCCACGUGCUGCACAAGGGGACGUUGAACGUGCCCCGCGAUUGCCCCGAGAACAUUCAGAAGAUCAUGGAGAAGUGCUUCAAGUGGCGGCCCAGCGAUCGGCCGACCUUCAUGGAGAUCGUGUCCGAGCUCGAGCCGUUCCUCGGCCAGGAUUUCUACGAGAAGUCGUUCUACCACUCGAUGGAGGGCGUGGAGAGCCGCAACUCGGGCCUCAAGAAGCCCUACCACCACGCGGCCCCUAUCCGAUUCCACUGGGGCAACGAGACGGCCAGGUGGGUGAAGGAGUUCGAGGACAACGUGACGCUGUUGGAUCAGACCAAGGCCGGGACCAGCAGGGCGCGCAUCUUCAAAAACGGUUUCCAGCACUUUGGUAACGUAACCGCCAACAUGGAGGACGUGCCUCUCGAUCGAUGAGCUCGUAAAAAGCGAGUCGGCUUAUAUAUAUAUAUAUGUGUGUAUGUGUAUGUAUAUAUAAAACGACUUUCGCGCGUAUGUUCCUUCGGCGGACCGAGAAGCGUCCCGCCCCCGCACCCCCCUCCCCCUCUCGCCCGAUAAGUCGGAAAACUCGUUCGGACACGAUGUACAAAAGGAUACUCAGGGCGGGGUGAAUCGAGUACGAAACGAGAGGGCCCGGCGAGUUUCGAUGGACAGGGGAGAAGUGACAGGCAAGGAUGUUUUCUCUUUACUUUUUUUUAUUACUAUUAUUAUUAUUAUUUUCGUUCUCCUCUUUCCUCUGUCCCUGUUUUUCUUCUUGCCAACGCGAAGACGGAAACAACGGAUACUCGAUCGUCCGUCAUCGUUUUGUGAUCGGGAUCUCGAUGACGACGAUGAUGGUUGAAACGAGGAAGAUUUGGCGUCGAAUUUUUUUUUUUUUCUCUCUUUCCUCUCUCGUAGAAAAGCGUAAUCAAAACGACAAUGUUCUUUAGUUGCGAGUCUGAGAAAGUAUGUUCGUUCCUUCGAAGAAGAAAAGAAAAAGAUACUGUAAUUUUUUUUGUAUAUUUUUGGUGGUUUCGUUUUCUUUUUUUUUUUUCGU